UACUUGGUGCCUCAUCCUGCUGUAGCAUUGCUAUGCUUACUAUGGCUUAUGUAACAAGACUUCGAAUGGCGAAGCCACUUCAGCGGUGCUGAACCUGUGUGUCGUGUUUGUGUUUUCCUUCUGACCAACUGAGCAGUUUCUACCAUGUUGGCCGUACUGAGACCUACUUGGAGGCCAUUGGCACGAGCAUUUUCACGUACUCCUGCCGCUGCCAAGGCCCUUAUAGUUAAAAAUCAGGAAGAAUUCCUAAACAAAGUGAUGCACAGUGACCUGCCAGUCAUUGUAAACUUUCACGCAGAAUGGUGUGAGCCGUGCAAGAUACUCUCACCACGCCUCAAGGAACUGGUUGAACCCCUCGAGGAUAUAGUGCUUGCAGUUGUUGAUGUCGAAAACAAUGUAGAUCUUGUGCACACUUUUGAGGUGAAGGCUGUACCAGCAGUAAUUGCCAUCAGAAAUGGAAUAGUGGUGGACAAAUUUAUCGGACUAGUAGACGGUGAGAUGAUAGACAAGCUGAUUGCUGAAUUAUCCCGAGGAGCCAAGCCUGAAUCUGACGGUAGUGACAGCAAGCAGUGAUCAGCUGUGAUAUGCAGUGCCGAGGGUACUUUCAAGUUUGGACGCCAUGCUUCUCGGAAUCAUAUAACAUGGCUUCUUGUAAGCAUUACUCAGAUCUGUAGUGUAUUUGACAAUGGUGGCAUAUUUAAUGCCAUAAUUGUUUGCAUACCAGAAAAUGUUCGUGUGGGCAUAUUUGUUAGCAUAUAGUUUCACUUUAUGGUGCAGUGUCUUUUUCUUGUGUGUAGAAUGUUUGACCAGUCCUAUUUCUUAAAUAAUGAAAUAAUGAUUAGUCAGUGUGUACUUCAAGAUACAGGGAACUGAUUAUAAACAAUUUACUCCUCUCUGAUAUUGUGUGUGUUUUCUAAAACUAGUAGCUGUAGCCAUAGUCACAGUAAUACCAGUAGAUACUAAUUUUGUGAGGUCCUGCUUACAAUAGAUUUACAGAGAUUUGCAUGGGUAUAAGUAACACUGACCCCAAGUAGUAAUUAUCGGAGAAACUUCUGCAUUUGUUGUUUCACAACACAGAGCAAGCAGAUGUAUGAUGCAGCAUCUUCAGAAGAGUGCUUACAAACAGAAGGAAAAGUAUAAAUCUUUGAACUUUUGAAACUAAUGCUUCUUAUAGAGUUGUGGAGGCAAAUGGAAAAGAAGAAAAGACUGUUAUACAAUACACACAUCUCCUAUGGUCAGUAAAGGCACAAGAGAAAGACAAUAAACAUUGCUCACCUGUUUUGUUGCCUUACUUUGGGCUACAAAAAACAACCAGUUUCUCUAUCCACAGAAAGUCAUGUAUUGCAUUACAAGUACCCAGAUUCCCUAUAGUUGUGGUAUAUCAUUAUUCUUACUUUCACUCAAAGAUUUAUAUUAGAACUUGUGUUGCGAAAACUUUGUGCACUCUAUAGGAAGGGCGAUGGCACUGGUAAUGUGUAGGACUGGUCUUGUGUGAGUGGAACAUGUUGAAAUAAGAGACUGCUUAUGCUGUGACGAGUGCCAAAGGUAUUAUGUUGUGCAUAAAGGAAGCAAACCAAAUGCGUGGAGCUACAGUGACUGCACAGGUUCAUAGAAACAUUGUACACCUCAUAAAUUUGCUCUUGUGUUUUCUGUGAGUGAGCUUCUCCAUUUCCUCACUUGAAUACUCUUUCCAGAUGUACUUAAGUGUUCUCUCCCCCCCCCCCCCCCUUUUUCUUUUUCUCUUAUCACUCCUGUGUGAGAGAGAAGUAGCAACAUUCACACUGCUUAUAAAUUAAUCAUCUUUUGUGUCUCAUUUUCACCUUCCAAAGUGAGCUCAGAUAUCUCUUUUUGUAAUUUCUGCUUUCUCUGUGUUUUUUUUUUUUUUCCCAACCCAUGCCAGAUAGUUAUGUAUAUAUUGUUAUUCGAUACUAGUCUUUUGACCCCAAAAAUGUUGUACCUGCCAUGCUGCAAGUAUCAUUGCUGGGGAAUUUCCAUUGUCACUACGUAAAUUGUAUUGAUAUUUAUGAAUAACAGUAGUGCAGCUAUUUACAGUUGCUUCUCAGUGCAGCUACCACUGUUAUUUCAACACUGCUGUGUUGCUUUUCAACACAGAGCAGGUUAAACACAAAAGACUGAUGUACCUCCAGCCAUAUUAUUUACUGACAAGUACACAUUUUUCUGCACAAUGCAGAAAUUCAAGAGAAAGAAGAGAGAGUUGUGUUGAGUAAUAAUAGCGCUAGAUAGAAAAAAAAUAGAGAAGACGAUGGGAGCAGUUUGUGGUCUCAAUGAUGUGCUCCCAGCAACUUUGAAAUGGCAUCGUAACUUUUUCAGACAAUUGUAGAGGAUGUAAUUCGUACAAAUAUUACAGAUUAUUUUAUUAAAUUUCUACAAGCAUUGGUAUUUUUUUUUUUUUAAUGAAGAAAUCCACAGAACUUCAAUGGAAGUAAGCCUUUCUGUAGGAAUACUUUGGUUAACAUGUAACUAGCCAACCUAUUUCACACAGGUUAUUGGCUCCAGUACUUUUUUUACACACGUGAUUGUUUGUUGAGCCUCAUUUCCAUUCUCUUUCUUCUAUUAUUGAAAGGUCCCGUAAUAUUUGCAGUAGACAUCCCACUGGUAACAUUAAAAUUAUACAAUUGAGUGCUGGGCUGGACAACAUAAUUUCCAUUCCAGUAGUAACAGCAUUGUUAGUGAGAAAUCUUCCAGACAAAUAAAACUUUAUUGAUGUUCCUGUAAAAUAUUUGUUAAUCUGAGGGCAGCUUGAAGCUAUGAACAAACUCAUUGUAGUGUUACGACAAGUUCAAGUUGCAUAAUUGGCCUGUUUGCAAAGUUCAGUGGUUUUUCUUAAAUGUAUAAUUUCUUAAAAUGAUCAUAACCAUUUUCAUCAGCAUUUUGAUAAUGAUGACAGUUAAAGAGGAAGUACAUGCCGCUCUCUACUUCUCACACUUGAUGUUCCCGUGUUCUAAAUAGAUACAUCUGUAUGAAAGUUCUUUGACAGGAACUCAAAUCUCAGUUUUUGCCAGACUGCUAAAAUGUAAUUUAGUGAGUAACGUCUUUCUUAUUCAUUACACUAUUGUAAUGUGAUUAGCAUUGUGUUUAUAUAUAACAACCAUCAUUUGAAAUUACAUAAAACUAAAAAUCUUGGUUACCAGAAAGUGCUUAAUGAACAUUGUGAUGUAAAAAUGCAAGUAUACUAUUUCAAACAGAGGUAUCAAAAUAUGUUUCAGUGCUAGAACAAUGUCAUUAUUGUGUUUUUUAGUAAAUGUGUAAUUUAUGAACAUCUGUACUGAUUGUACCACUAUGUAAACAAAAAUAUGGUAAUGUGUCUUUGUAAUAGCUACUUAAACUAGAACAAAAUUAUUCAUUUGCAGAAUGUGUGAUAGAAAUAGAUUGUACUACAUUAUAUACAUAAGUUCUUGUGAUUUCAAGAGAAACAUAUUUGUAUUUUCAGUGUGUGAUGUGCUAGCAUAAUAUCUGCAACUUUAAAAAAAAAAACAUGAAAAAUAUUAAAAUAUUUAUUACUAGUCUAUAAUGAAUGCACAAUAAUUAUCUGUCUCCAUUCACCAUAUUUCUGGUUACUGCAACAGCCCUGAAGUGGAUGAAUCUCUUUUUGUUGAUCCACAUAAAGCACAUUGACACUGUUUUAGUUCUGUUGCUGUAUUUGGGAUACAUGGGUUAGGUUCAGGUGCCUAUGGUGAGCAUGGUAGAUGAUGAUGAAAUAUGUGUUGACAUAAUGUAGCAGGGCGUUGUUCUUGUACAAGAUGUAUUCAUAGCGGUCCGUGACAGCUGAUCACUUUCUUGGACUGUAGUGCAUCAGAUGAUUCAGUGAAUGGCGUGUUCUACACAAGUGAACAAAGCCAGACUCAUUACAAGCCACUGCAGUACCAGCAGAUGGAGACAAAAUGUUAUGUGAGAGUAAAUUUCAUUUUACUGUGUAUGCUGCUACAUUCCAUAGCCUGUGAGCAAUCGUGUAUCUUUUGCCAUUCUGAUGGGGGAAAAAAUGUUUCUUAGAAGAUAUAUAUUCCAUCAUUCAGUCAAGUUGGCAAAUUUGUUCUCCAGCUUAUAUUAAAAACACAUGAGGUGUGAAGGACAGCAGUCAUAAUCUUGUUUGCUGUCAGCAUUGCACAUCCAGACUGUGAGAUAUUGUUUGCAAUUUGUGUGGGUUUGAUUGCUGGCGUUGGUCUUUUAAGCAUACUCCAUUUAUUGACACCUGUGCGACACUUGUGAGUAAUGUACAUUCUCUUAAUGCUUCUCAUGGUGCUGGGUGGAAUCUGGGCAAUAAGGCCAUCACUCACGGCACUUGACCAAAGAUAACAAUAUUGGCCCUCAGUUUGGUGCAGAAAAAUUGAAUUGUCAACAUAGGAAAUAUGAGGCCUAUUCGAUAAGUAAUGGCUGUGCUUUAAAAAUAUACAUAUUAA